CCUUCCAUCCCCUUGUUAUUCAGCUUUCAACACCCUCCACAGUCUCCAACCUUCCUGGCAAUCCACACUUCAUAAUUCAGUAAUGAUUAACUGUCUGUCCACAGAGGUCUGAGGAACGAUAUAUAGAUACACUGAAGUACAAGAUAAGGACUGUGACUGCGCUGAAGACCAGCUGAGGAGAAGCAACAGUCCUCCAGAGUGAAAUGCAAAAUAGCUGACCAUGGGGUUCACAGGAUUGCACGUGCUCUGUCUUCUGUCCGCGCUCACUCUUACGACACAAGAUUUGGUGGACCUCACUGUGAGCCCCUCGGUGACGGCGGAGUGCGACCAACAAGUAACCCUGAACUGCGACGUAUCCCCGCAUCAGCAUGGACUCUCAAUAACGCACAUGGAGUGGGUCCACGAUAAGACGCAAUUAUGCACUGUGAACAGCUCUGGGGAAUUAAACCCGCAGAACAAACAUUCCCUCGGCGACUUCAAGUGUGAGUACGACGAAGGAAGAAGACUGACCCUCACCUUUCCACAUGUGGGGCCUCUGAACAAAGGAACCUACAGGUGCAAGCUCCGUUCCAACCGAGGAGCGCCGUAUAAAUAUACAGCGGUGGAGUUACAAGAGUGCCGUGGGAAAGUUGAUGCUGAUUUCACGAGUCGGGGUCCUUCCUGCACCUUCCACCGGGUCCACCCAGACGGAGAAGUGCACUGGUUUCACGGCUCCCACAAUCUCUCAGACGGGUUUCUGCCGAUCCAGACUUCUAAAAGCGUGGAUGAACAGGGUUAUCUGACUAUCCGUAGUGAGCUGACGAGCACAAGUUCCAAUGUGCCUCACAAUUGCUCCUUAAAGAGCAUCAGGUCUGGUAGGUACAUUGAAAGUACUUUGGUUAAAAAUGAAUUGCUUGCCAGAAGUUAUCCCGUAGCCUCUCCACCUUCAACCUCAAACAAUGGCGUCAGAUCACAGGAACCUAUACGGACAAUUUUAUGUGUUUUAAUCUUCCUUGCUGCCAUAAUGAAAUAAUGGAUUUGCCAAAGUAAAUCAGAGAGUCUGAUCAGCUGAAGUGAUGAUUAACACUGAUUAGAAACAAUGAGGUACUGACAUUUAUGUAGUUUUCUUUUUUUUUUUUUUUCAAAAACCCGAGCAACAGCACUCCGAGUUAAGUGACUCAUCUUGCAUGGUCCAAAGGUUCAUUUUUCUCCCUUUUAGCUCCUGGGUGAAGUGAACAAGAAAAUUACAGAGUGUUGAGAGGUGAUAACAAGGGAGUCGAUAAUCAUUACACUGUAUAAAAUACCUUUGUUGGUUUGUUUCGACAGAGCGUCACGGAUGAGAGAGCAAGGCAUAUUGGUUUCAUUAGAAAACAACAAAGACGUGCACACUGACAGAAGGCACGCACUCGCUCGCAUAACUGGAAAAAGCAAAGUCUGCUACUGGUUCAAUUUAGUCUUGAGCUAUAAACCUUCGAACCACAGAUUAGGGUCAGUAAGAGAGUGAGAUGAAAACAUCCGUUGACAGGUGUGUACAUCGUUGUGUAACUGCAGAGUGAAUGAACGCUUUCUGUGAGAGCACCAC